AUGCUUCCCACGACGACAAACGAAAAUGAGCCCCUUUGUGCCCCCAUGACCACCUUAACGGCGCAAGUGCCAGCGGCUAUGAAUGAAUGUAUCGAUAGAUACUCGUCAAGCAUGAAAUCAAGCGCGCAUUGGCGCAGUCAACAACGCAAUAUCUUCCAACGGGCUUAUAACCGCGUGCAACUCGGGUACUACCGCUACGAAGUGACUUUCGGCCUCUAUGUGUUGACAUUCAAUGAAAAACUCGUCGUCAACGCCUUCGCUCUGACUGUGAUAACCUUGGUCUUCUGGGCACUUCUAUACUUCCCAGCCUUGGUCUAUAACAAGGGGGAUGACCUCAUCUGGCUAUUGACAGGCCACCGCAAUCAAAAAGUCGGCAUCGUGUUGUGA